CUCUUCUUUUAGCUUCGUGAUUAUGAUUUUAUUUAACUUUGGUUUUUAUUGUGUAUUAACUGUAAGGAAAUAAUUUGGCUUCUAACUUACAGGGGCAUGCUACAUAGAAAAAGAUGGUAACUAGGAAGAGUACAUGGGAUCUUUGGAAGAAAGGAGUGUUAUAUUAAUUUAUGGAAGUACUGGGGUUAUUUGUUAUGUUAAGUAAAACUGAGAAGAUACAGCUCAUUGUUUUCAGAGAUUAACAGCUCAUUUAAGCCUAUUCCAAUUACUUGCUCUAAAUGAUUAGCAUACAAUACUUGAACUUACAAACCUUUGCUGUGGUGAUAUGGACUCAUAAAGGUAGAAGCUACCAAAACACCACCUGGUGGUUCAGUUAGUUGAUAUUCUAAUUUGCUAAUGUCACAUUGGUGGGAAUAAGUAAAUUAUAUUCUCAUUGAUAGAAAGAUUUAUUUUCAGGUAAUGUCAUAGUUUACACUGUAUUGAACCAAACUAUUUCUUUCCAGUGUUGAAAAUACUUACUUAGAACUGAUUUCUUUCUAGUAAUAUGGCAAUUAUAUCUUUCCUUGUGAUGUCUGAGGUCAUCUCUGCUAAGAAUAAUGCUCUUUUUCUCUAACAGUUUUUAGUUUCUGACCAUGAAGCCAUUGCUCUGAUUCUGACAGAUACUAAGUAGAGUUUAUGACAUUUCUUAAAAUGUGCUUUAGUAUAUAAUAUUUUACUAUACAUUUCUCAGCUAUAUCAGAAUUUAGACUGCUAGGUAAGUAUAAGCAUACUUACCACACAUUUUGAAUCAAUUACUGGCAUUUGAUAUUUUAGUGAAUUAUGUGCUUAUUGUUCAACAAAUGAUCAAGAAAACAUCAACAUAACACUAUUCAUUAAUCCUGCAGCUGAUGGAUCCAGAAACUCAAAAAGGUAAUUUUGUUUCUUCUUUUAAUUUGACCAAUUCUGUGUAGAGAAACCAUUAACGGAGUCUAAAACCUUACUUUUUUAGUCUUCAUUAAUACCUUAAUGGGAACUAGGGCUUAUUAAUUGCUUAUUUUAUCUUGGCUUGUGUUUACUAACCUAAAAAUACCUUCAGUAAUGUUCAAUUAGUACUAUUAAAUACCAGUGGUCCUGGCAUAUUAGGAAUAACUUUGACUGAAAAUAAUAAAUUAAUCUGUAGAAAACAUAAAAAGAUUAUUUAUAAUUUUUCUUUGAUCUGCAAAAAUUGACAUUUUAAAACAGAUUCUAUACACCAAGCACAUUGUUGUGAUUUUUUUAAAGUCUUUUUUUUUUAAAAAAAAACUAAACAUUUUAAUGAUGUUUGGAUGCAAGAUAAAUUUAGGCUACAGAGUAUCUCUAACAUGUAUUUAUUAUGACUAUUCAUUUGAGGCAACAAAUAAUAGCAUAAUUGGCUUCUAGAUGUAAGAAUUUAAAUUUGAGUAUUUGAAACUGGCAUACCAUUUUUACAGUCUUGCAUUUGACUUAUGGCUUUGUGUAGGUUACUAAAUAUAAUGAUCUUCAUUGAGAUAAAAAGUACUAAUUCUUACAUAGACUAGAAAAAUUGCCAUGUUUUGUGGAGUGGUUUUAAACACAGAUCAAAUUAUCUUUGAUUUUCUUUCUGUCCCUCUUAUCUAUACAUACUGUGGAUGUUUUCAAAUAACCAUAGACCUGUUUCUUGGGCCACACCAAGUGUAAUAGGUGGCUCCUACUUAGGAGAGCAAAGCUGCAGGCAGACAGACUUGGGUGCAAGCCUAGAGCUGGCAGCCUACCCAGCUUAAAUGCCAAUGCUUUGUAAACCUAAAGGUGUAAGUUGUAAUCUCAUAGAGAACCCAGCCCUUCAGAUAAUUUGAAUGCAGAUGUAAUUUCUGUUUUAUGAAUAGAAUUAUGCCAUUUCCAUAGCCAUUAAUAACAACAAUUCUUGGUUUCAAAUGUACACACGAUGAUUUGGCAAAUCACCUGAAGUGGAAGUAGUUCAAGAUGAGUUUGAGACAGAGCAAGUGUUAGAAUAUUUUACAGUAGGAGCAGACACACCCUAUAAUCAUCUAUAUAGCUAACUAAAAAUGUCGAAGUAUGUUUAGAUGCAGAGUGCUAAGGAGAUAAAGUGUGUGCUGCUGUAGCCAAGCCAGCUGACGUUUCAUUGGCAAGCCUUCUUCCAAGUGGAGGAACACUAGGUUCCCAAGUACUGAAGGAUGUUUAUCUGCCCUGUCCUUUUAUACUUAGCAUUGUGGGCUUGGAAGAGAUGGAGUAAGACCAUAAUUCAGUCCUCAUAUUUCAGUACUUGAAGGAAGAUCUUAGAAUUAAAAGAUGCUACUUAUUUAUGCACAGAUCGAAACUAGUACUAGGAUGAGAGCUAAAAAUUCUUCCCUAUGUGUGUCUAGUGCUACACUGUAAUCUAACUUCUCUAAAGCUUCAUUUAUCUUAAUUACUCUAAAUAUAUGGUGUUGCCUGCCCCAUGCCAUAGUCCCUGGAGCUGCUAGUGCAGGCAGCAGAGUGUAGUAAGAUGGCAGCUUCUGAGAAUCUUUAGCUGUGGAGCAGACUCUGCCUCUCCAUCCAAUGUUCCAUGAUCCCAGUGCACAGUGAUCCCCAAACCUGUUGCUAUGGAUUUAUUUAGGAUAAAUACUUUCGGUGGGGGAUGAAGGAAGGAACAGAAAUAGAGAAAGCUUUCAGAUCACACCAUACGUGGUCACGUGUGAGAGUAGAAGGAGAUAGAGGGUAGAAAGACCUGUCAACUGUGUCAACUGCAAUAUAGAUGAAACAAAGACUCAAGUGGGUUGAUAAAGAAUUCCUAGUUGACAGCUAGAGAAGGCAAGAAGAAUCUGAAUGAAGGUAGCAGCCAUAGUGGAGAAGCCAACUGGGAAGCUGUGCUUUGAAAUGGUGUGUGACACUGGUUGGAAAUGGUAAUUGGCAUUGAAUAAUGACAUCCAAACCUGAGUUUUGGAGACAUCUGAAGUGGAAUGGAUUGGUAAAUUUAAGUUCUUUUAUUUGACAUGUGGGUUUAUUUAACAUAUAUUUUAUUCAGUUUUUUUUUAAACCUUCGAUAUAUGUUAAUGGGUGAUUAUCAUGGUAUCAUUAUAUGUUUCCAGCUAGUACAGCAAAUAGAUUUCCCUAGACUGCAGCACAGCACCCAAGCCUGAUCUCAACAUUAGUCCUCAGGCCAAUGUUUUUUUGUUUGUUUGCUUGUUUUGUUUUUCUGUGUAGCUUUGGAGCCUAUCCUGACACUCGCUUUGGAGACCAGGCUGGCCUCGAACUCACAGAGAUCUGCCUGCCUCUGCCUCCCAAGUGCUGGGGUUAAAGGCUUGCACCACCAACGCCCGGCUCUUCAGGCCAAUCUUGUACAAGGAUUCUCUGAGUGCAAUGUCACUUUCUUUAGGAUGCUGCUUUUGAUUUCACCCAACACACUGGGGUACAACAGGGUACUUCAUAGAUGUCUUUUUUGUAGUGAUUAUCAAAUUCCAUUUAUUUAGUGUCUUUCCCUUUUUCAUCCAGGUAUCAAUUUCUCAGUGCAACAAUUUCCAUUCUUUUUUUGUUUUCCACUUGCAUCUUGAAUAAUCCCAAUAAGAAGACUUUUUUCUUCUUUAAAAAUAUAAAAUAUAGUAUUAUUUGGACUAUUUGAUUGAAACUAAGCAGGCCAACAAACUGGAAAUAUUUGGGGAAUCUUCUCAGGAGGCAGUUUCAGAAGAAGAAAAAAACUCAAGAUUUUGAUCUGCCCAAGUGUUCAGAAUCAUAUCUUUUAUGCUAUCCUGUGACAAUUUAAAAAUCUAGAAAUACCUUUAACACCUUUUCAAAAAAUAUGCACGUAUUCCUCAAAAGCAUAUAUUGUUCUUUGAAUAGAAGAUUCAGUUGAAUGACAGUCUUUUUUAUUUAGUGGGGUGGUUUGUACUUUAAGUUUUGCUGACAGAUUCUUAUGACAGCCCUCAAAUGGAAGCUGGAUUUCACUUGUCAUAUUUAUUACAGUCAGUUUUUCUCUCUGUGUGUCUGUGUGUCUAUGUGUCUGUCUAUCUCUUUCUGUAUGUAUAUUUCUUUGCUGUGACCCUUUCACAUUUCAUUUUUCCUAUUGACCUUAAAGAUAGAAAAGAGAAUGUAGACAGACCUUUGCUUCUGAAGGCUGCAGUUCAGCAACAGAGAUAAUUAACUGCUGAAUUCUUCUUAAGAGAAGCAUCAUUGAAAUGUGGCAGAAUUUUGCUAAUUUUCACUUCACCCUUUUGUUCUUAUGAGAACAAGAGUACCUGAUAGAUUUUUAAAUCCCUGUCAGCAAAUAUUAAUAGCUGAAAAAUGGCACUGACUAUUUUGUAUGAAAAAGUUUUAAAAUAGAUAACCCUAGGAUAACAACAUAAUUGUAAAACAGUUUCUUCAGUUUUUAAAAUGAUUUGCCAUUCUGGCUAGCCAGCAUUCCCUCCACUGUCUCUGCUUCUUGAGCACUGAGAUUGCAUGUGGACCACCAUGCUUGUGUUUAUGUGGUCCUCAUGCUUUUGGAGCAUGCACUUUAUCCACUGUGCUAUCUCCCUAGCCUGUAUUUUAAAUUGCCACAUAUGAUGGCUAGAACUGUCCUCUUUUAGAGUCUUUAAGCAAUCAAUAGUGGUUAUAGGUGUUUAUUACAAACUCUCUUUGAGGGUCUUUAUCUUGGAAGCUUAAUUUUCAAUUAUAAUAGAACAUUCAUAUGUGUUGACAUUUCAUUUCCUUAUGGAAGUAAAGUUGUUGUUGAUAUAUAUAUAUAUGUGUGUGUGUGUGUGUGUGUGUGUGUGUGUGUGUGUGUGUGUGUGUAACGAUCUACUCUGUUCAGAAAGACAAAGUGAAAAGUCAGAGACACAUUGGCUGUCACCCACUUAUUAGACAACAGCACUAAAUGUGGUCAACCUUCAAAAUAACAAUAACAUGCAAAAUCAGAUACAUCAGAUUAUCUGAUGUAUCUGAUUAUAUUAUCAGAUAUAUUAUCAGAAUAUCUACCAGCAAAUAUUCACCAGUAAAACUUUUAUAUCAAAGACUGGAUCUCUUAGAGACUCUCCUGGGGUUUGGUGUGCUUUAACAUCUACUGAUCCCUGGUGCUUUAGGUGACUUGUCAAAGGAGUGAUACCUUUAUGAGGUAUAGGCAAGGAUGCUUAAGAGGAGCAAUUCAGUUAAAGGUCAAGGAAGGAAGCAAUUAAUGUCUCUGCUUUUUCCUAAAGAAUUUCUACAGCAAAUGUUGACACUGUCGCCCUGUCAGUCUCAGCAAACAAACCAAGUGCAUGUAGUGAGAUGAAAGUUAAAGUUCAAAUAAAACAUAUUUCUAUCAUUAUUUGGUUCCUGACUGUAAAUGCUUAUGGCUGCUUAAGGGGAGUUUCAGAUAAAUUUAUUGAAGAACACUGCUCUUGCGGAAGAAUACCCAUUGUUCGUCUUUCUGCUUUCUCUGCCUCUCUGAGUGUCAGUGUUUGUGGAAGGAAGAGAGUGGAGUGGUAGAUGUUAUGAUGCUAUCCCUAGUACCAAAAUAACAACAAAGACACAUAACUAUAAGUAGCAUGGGUAUAUUGUUGAGUAGACUUAAGUAUCUUUGUCUUUCUGAAUAACCAGAAAGUCAUAAAUAACCAGAGGUCAUAAAAUUUAGGUUACUGUACAUUACCAAGACACCUGGAGUUGUACUGUGAAGUUGCUGUAGAAUUAAGAUCUUAUACUCCCACUAACAUUUCUUUUAAUCCAGUUGAACCCAAUGAUGGCCCUCAAAACAUGUUUUAAAAAAACCAUAUUAUUUUGUGCUUCAUUUAGUGUUGCAGAAAUAGAUGGUGGUGGUAUCAACUUCGGUAAACAUCAAAGAGAUGAUGAGGGCCUGACAUAUGAAGAGUUGGGUUAAAUUAUGAAACACUUGUUCCUUUUUUUUAAAAUUGAGGGUAGGAGUGAUAUGGGCAUGCCACAGUCUACGUGUGGAAUGUGUGAAGGUCAAAGGACAACUUGGAGGAGUAGGCUCUUUCCUUCUAGCAUAUGGGUUCUAGAGACUGAAUUUAGGUACUCAUUUUGGUAGCAAGCUCCUUUACCCACUGAGCCAUCAUGUUGUCCCCAUGAAGUAUUUUUAAAUAGUUUGCUAGUUUAUUUCAUCUAAAGCCAUUGAGUAUUCAACAAUACCUUGAACUGGGAGACGGGCUGUAUUUCCAACAGGUUUUUCUUUUUGUAGGACUUAAAAAUAUUAUUUCUAUUAUUUUCUGUAAUCAUGCAAAAUAAUGGGUUCUUUUAUAACAUUUUCAUGCCUACACAGUAUUCUACUCAUAGCCUCCCACAUCACCUUUCCCAGGCUCCCUUCUCUGCACUUUCCUUUCAUAUCCCCAAGAAGUCCCACAUCUAUAUUUUAAAAUCUAGAUUCCACAUAUAAAACAUAAAUAUUUGCCUUUCUUUUGAUUCUUCUUUUCCUCUCCUGUUAGUCCUUCUCCUUACACACAGUCACCCUUCUACUUUCUUAUCUAACAAUCUAGGAAAAUCUUGAUUAAAUCUUAAAUCUAGAUGUGUCAUUUGAGGAAAACCAUGUAUUAUUUACCUUGUGGGUCUGGCUUAUUUCAUUUAGCAGGAUUAAAACCACUGCUGUUUUGUUUGUUUGUUUGUGUUGUUUUUGUUUUUUCCUUUCAGAGAUCAGAGAAGGUGAUGAUGACAGGCAGGUGGUCGCAGAAAUCAUGGCAAGAAGUUUUAUUCCAACUCUGAUAACGACUAUUUCUUGGGAAGGCUUUCACUUUGCUGGUCAUGAGAUUCGGAUUACUGAAGCCAAAGAUUGUUAUGGUGCUGUUGUAUGGCCAUCGGCCCUUGUUCUAUGCUAUUUCUUGGAAACACAUGCCAAGCAAUAUAACAUGGUUGAUAAAAAUGUGAUUGAAAUUGGAGCUGGGACAGGGCUUGUCUCCAUUGUGGCGAGUUUACUUGGUGCUCGAGUGACUGCUACAGACUUACCUGAAUUACUUGGAAACCUGCAAUAUAAUAUUUCCAGAAACACCAAAAUGAAAUGCAAGCAUUUGCCUCAGGUUAAGGAACUAUCCUGGGGAGUAGCAUUGGACAGGGACUUUCCCAGGUCUUCCAAUAACUUUGACUUCAUCCUGGCAGCAGAUGUUGUCUAUGCCCAUCCUUUCCUGGAGGAACUUCUCAUGACCUUUGACCAUCUCUGCAGAGAAACUACCAUCAUCCUCUGGGCCAUGAGAUUCAGGCUGGAGAAAGAAAAUAAAUUUGUGGAUAGAUUUAAGGAACUGUUUGACCUGGAGGAAAUUUCUAGCUACCCUAGCCUGAAUAUUAAGUUGUACAAAGCUAUGAAGAAAAAUCGGAGGAGUGCAUAGUGCACGAUUUCUGUAAAUUAGGACAAUGGCAUGUGAAGGUAGUUUCUAGUAGAUCAUUACUUUAAAGAAAACACACACACACACACACACACACACACCACUGUAAGAAUAAAAGUUAACUAUAAACUUGCCUUAUUAUAGGCAAGGAUUUUUACACACACACCACACACACACACACACACACACACACACACACACAGGCUACAUUUGUAGGAUUAAGAUAUUUUGUUCCCAAGUCUGUUUGCUCAGCAUGAUAAUUACAUGGUAACAAACUUUCAGUAACAUCAUGCUGUGUCAUCAUUGCAAAACUAAUUUUCAAUAAUGGUAUCUCUAACUGAAUGUUAUUAAUUUUAUUUCUUUUUGAGAAUGUAUCUUAGGUUGUCCUUGUACUAGAGAUCUUACCUCAGCCUCUAAAGUGCUAGCACUCCAGGUGUGUACCACACACACACCCACAGUGUUAAUCCUUUUAAAUAUCGGGUUAAAUGAUUAUAUCUUUAGCCAUCAAGAAACUGACUAUAGUGUGAUUUGCAAAUAAAUUGAAAAAGGCAGAUAUAUGAUGUAAUAAUGGUCAGUGCUAGAUGUCUGUGAUUCCUACCAGUGGCAGCUUAGAGGUGGGUGGGUGUCAUUUCUGCUUGGCAGCUUGGACCUCUAGCAUAACAACUGAAUUAACAAGCACGUGGAAUAUUUCCCUCUAACAGAUAAAAAAUAUGAAUGGAAAGAGCAUAAGAAUAUCCAAGAUUAUUGCUUGUUUUUGUAAGCCAAAUAAAACUUAUUUUUUCAUUGAAAUGGAAGUAAUUAUAAGAAUUUUGGGUUAGAAAUGCAUAAAAAGGUUUAGGUUACUCCUCUUGAAUAAGUAGAUAUGGUUUAAACAGAUAUAUCUAGAUAUAUCAGACUUUUUUAUGUGGCUCUUAGAGAUUACAAUAAACUUUAAAGCAAUUAAAGUCAGUGUGGGAAGAGUAAAGAAUUAGGCCUCUAUGCCAUGUGACUGCCUGGACUGUGUUGUUGGCAAAGCACUGCAGUGUCCUCAGCUAGGCUGUCAUGUGGCCUUGGUGAUAAUUCUCCUCCAGGGUCAUCUCUUUCUUCGUGGCUGAACAUUGUCGUGGUCAAACACAUCUGUGAUUAUCUGGGCCUGCACUGUAAGUUAGAAUGCAGGUACACACAGUAGAACUCUCGAUGCAUGGGUUUUUUUAGAUGUGCACAUCUAAAAAAAAUGUUGAGAUGUGCACAUCUCAACAGUUUUCUGUUUGCAUGCAUAUUUGUCCUUCUCAGCUUUAUUUAGUGUUCAGCCUGCACAGGACAGUGAUAUCAUUAUUCUCACUUCAUAGAUAAGAACAAAGGCCCAGGUUACACAGCUGUGGAGUGAAAGAUAGAGACAGUCACACAGUCUGUUUGAGCACAGAAUCUGAAUUUAUAAUUUCAGUACUGUCUUUAGGUAUUAAAAAAAUUAAUGUUUAAACACAUCGAACAACAGAGGUCAGUUCUUCGGAAUAGAGACUCAGAAAGAAUAACAAAUACAUUUAAAAAUGAAACCUAUUCCUCUUAAUACUGUCCCUAGAUUUUCUACCCAUAGAGGAGACAUCACAGAAGGCUGUGGUGGUGUGCACUUCUGGAAGGGGUGCCUUAGGCAGGAGGAGCAGCCAUGCAGGGACCUCCAGGCAGAGCAUGCCUAUCUGCUUGAAGAAACAUCAACGUGGUGUGGUAGAGGAGCAGAGACUGGUGAGAUCUGAAGGAAGACACACCAGGAAGUAGAUGAUGGAGGUCCUGUGCUAUGGGCUAGGAUCUCCAGAUAGAGGUCUGAGAGAGAACAUGAUGUGUAGUCAUUAGGCUGUGCAGCCACUGGUUACACUGUGGUCACUGGUUAAGCUGAUUGGGUGUGAUGGACAAUUGAUGAAGAGCAAAAGGCCAGUCUCAGCUGCCCCACUCAGUGCUAGACUUUGAAAGGCCAGUUUCAGGGUAUUUCUAAUUAGAGUAGGGCAUUUGGGUCUUUACAUGUUUCUGUAUAUGUCGUGGGAACACUGUUUUGCAGAUGGUGAUGGUUGUGAUGUCUGCCUGCGGCAUUUACAACUGUGUUGUGAUAAAGUCAUUCUGAAGUUAUCUGAGCAGCUCAUUACUGUGUUCACCACAUCGUUUCAGGCUCCUUCCUGCUGAAAUAGAGAGCCACUGGAUGACUCCAAGUAAAGGACUAGAAUAACAUUAUGGCCUGCAAAGACUUCUUGGCCUGGGUUCUGAGAAUGGGAUCUCAAAGUCCAGAGACCAGCUGGGAGUUGUGGCAUCCAUCCAAGCAAAGGAUAGCAAGAAAUCUACAAGGGGGAGUGUGUGUGAGAUCAGCUGAUCUGGCUGUACUCGGAAGCCAGAGGCAGCAGUGUUCUACCAGGUGGACUGUGGAAUGUGAGCAAGUAAGCUGGGCUAACUGUGAAAUAUCCCUGUGAGCUUCGGGCUAUGAACUUAGCUUUCAGUUCAGAGAAGGCUUAUGAAGGUGCUUCCCAGAGCAAGAGGGAAUAAAACGACUGAGCCCUGAGGCUCACCAGCAUUAGGGAGCAGACAGACAUUUUCAGAGCUUUUUGGAGGCUAUGUACCUUCCUCAGUUGUAGCUGUAUAUGUGGACCCUGAAAAAAAUUAUGAGUUUAAUGGCACAGUCUUCAAGAAACUGUCACUGGGCUUGCUAAUUUCUAAAAGUCACCUCAGAGGAAUCUAAAGGUAUGAAUAUCACAGGUCUGGCAGCAAAGAUCUUCGUGUAAUAAAUU